CCGAAUAUCGUUGAACACCGCGCGACUAGGCAUUUGCCGGUUCCGUGCUGUGUAGCUUACGAGUGAGUCGCAGCCGCGACGACCUCUCGUUCGAGUUUCGUUCGUUCAGCCGACGACAACGACGAGGACGCACGUGAGAGACGGUUUCGCGCAUCCUCGGAGCCAACUAAAGAGAGAGAGAGAAAGGAGAGAGGGAGAGAGGAGGCCAUAGCUCGCGAGAGACGCGGCGCGACGCGACACGACGCGGUAACGAGCAGCAACGGAAGGCGACGCCGGUGAGUCAGGAUAGCAAGGACGUCGGAUGUGCCCCACUGAGGAGCCGCCGGCAGAAACGACAACGACAGCAGGUGGGAGUAGCAGCAGCGCUCCUCGUAGUACCUGGCUUUGAUGAGAGUAGGGAGCGUCGCGCAACAUAUCGCGCAACGUCGUGCAAAAGGAUCGAAGCUUGAACGCUGUCAGCCAGCUCACACUCACCCGCCUCGAUCGGUGAGUCAUCGUUAGCCGCCAAUCCCCGCCAACGACUCAGCGAUUCGCUGAGUCCUCCCGAGGACAUGGAUUCGCGGAUUCAGGACGCGCCUAACAACGUGCUUCUCAAGAGGGAUCACGAUUCCGUCGACGACUUCGAGCAUCUCGGUCACGACUCCGGCUCACCGGACGAUCGUUCGGAGCAACAACAUCAACAGCAGCAGCAACCGCCGCCGCGGCUGGUCGACCCGCCACGUGUCGACGACCUGCUGCACAUCGGCGACUCCUUCCAGGGAGCGGACAACAUACUACCGAGCGCGCUUCUCGUCGACAGCGACGUCAACGCGAAGCCCGUGCCCGCGACACCGCCGCCUUCUGCGGACUUCGAGAAGUGCGAGGCCAUGGCGCAGUCGUCGGAUCCGUUCCAGCGGCCACUGGACCCGGUCGAUCCCAAGCUGGCUAGCAUGGCGUUCGUCGAGACCGAGCGAACUUAUCAGCCAGCAGCCGCGCACCAGCUUCAUGACGGCGAUGACGACGAAAAGAUGCACCUAGAGUCGCCGCCACCGCCCCCGCUGUUGCCGACCUCGUUCGCUGAUCCUCCGUCAUCAGACGUGAAAGCCGCCGACAUGGACAACCAAGUCGACGACGAAGUCGGCUUCGAGGAACGCGCAGAUACCACGGCCGUUGCCGAUCAAGGAAAGUGGCACGAGCGCGAGAUCACUCCGCCGAGCAGCGCCAAACCUUUCGACGAGGAUUUCGUGCGUUUUGUCAAGUCGUCGGUGUUGCCAGCACCGGAGAAAUCGCCGCUAUUGGAUUUCCUCGGUGAUGACGAGACCGCGCCGGCCAAGCCAGACGAUGUCAAGAAUAUCAUGGACGACGACUCGUGGAACGUGGUGGAAAAGACGGACGUGAAGCGGGAGCAGCCAAAGGAGCUGGAACCGCCGACGAAACCGUUGCCACCCUUGCCGAAGGAGGCGGAAUUGCUGGAGACCGCGCACCACGACAAGUACGAGACGUCCAGUGACUUCCUACUCGGCGAAGCUGUCAAGCCGUCCGCGCCACCGCCACCGCAGCCACGUUCUGUCAACUCGGAGCCCGAAAACACAAAGCGACGAGAAAUUCCGAAGCCCAAGGAACUCGAUUAUAUCUACCCUCGCUCAGUCGUCUGCAAGAAGGAGGAGUUCGAGAUCGCGCCGAAGGAGAUAUUCAGAGACAUUGGGCUCGACGCAUGGUUUAACCCUGAAAGACUGAACCCACGAGUGGCGGCUCUGAUAUACUGGCGCGAUCCCAAAACUUCGGGAAUAGUGUUUGGUGUGGUAUUAGGUGUGCUGCUGUCAUUGGCCUAUUUCAGCCUGAUUAGCGUGUUCGCUCAUCUAUCGCUUUUAGUCCUCGGCGGAACUAUUCUUUUCCGUAUCUACAAAACCGUUCUUCAAGCUGUCCAGAAGACUUCGGACGGUCAUCCGUUCAAGGAUAUUCUUGACCUGGAUUUGGCGUUACCGGCUGAGAAAGUGCACGAAUUUGCAGACGUCGCGGUUGCACACGCUAACGCUGCUGUUAGUGAAUUGCGCAGGCUGUUUCUCGUCGAAGACUUUGUCGAUUCUCUCAAGUUCGGCGUUCUCUUAUGGUGUCUCACCUACGUCGGUUCUUGGUUCAAUGGCAUGACUCUCAUCAUAAUCGGUAAGUAUUUUCUCAUUGCAUUUUGCUGCCCACCCUGCAAGCGCUAUCAAUUUAACGUGUUAAAUGUUUACCUCUUUUCAGGCGUGGUCGCUCUCUUCACGCUGCCUAAGAUCUACGAAACGAACCAGGAACAGAUCGAUCAGAAUCUGGCCUUGGUACAGGCGAAAAUCAACGAGAUUACCGCCAAAAAGAUCACCAUGUCGAUAUCAGACUCCGACCACGAGAAGAGGAAGCAGAUCUCAGUGCGCGGCAUCGUCGACGUCGAGAAUGUAACGAAUUUCAAGAAGACCUUCAACAGACACCUUCACUACACCCUGGCGAAGGAUCGCAAUGUCGCCACGACCCGCGAUUAUUUUUUCGCUUUGGCCCACAGCGUCAGGGACAACCUGGUGUCGCGAUGGAUCCGCACGCAGCAGCACUACUACGAGAAAGAUCCCAAGAGGGUAUAUUAUCUAUCUCUGGAAUAUUAUAUGGGAAGAUCACUGCAAAAUACGAUGAUUAAUCUGGGAAUACAAGGAGCAUGCGACGAGGCGAUGUAUCAGAUGGGGUUGGACAUCGAGGAAUUAGAGGAGAUGGAGGAAGAUGCUGGACUCGGUAACGGAGGUCUAGGUCGUCUAGCCGCCUGCUUCUUGGACAGCAUGGCCACGUUGGGAUUGGCCGCUUACGGCUACGGAAUACGUUACGAAUACGGUAUAUUUGCGCAGAAAAUCAAGCACGGCGAACAAGUAGAAGAACCGGAUGACUGGUUGAGAUACGGCAACCCGUGGGAAAAAGCUCGACCAGAAUAUAUGUUGCCUGUUAAUUUUUACGGGAACGUGAUUGAUACUCCUGAGGGAAAGAAAUGGGUGAAUACGCAGAUUGUAUUUGCGAUGCCCUACGAUAAUCCAAUUCCCGGCUACAAAAACAACGUUGUUAACACCUUGAGACUCUGGUCUGCAAAGUCACCAGUAGAGUUUAAUUUGAAAUUCUUUAACGACGGUGACUAUAUACAGGCUGUAAUCGAUCGUAAUCUAGCGGAGAACAUCUCCAGAGUUCUUUAUCCUAACGAUAACUUCUUCGAAGGCAAGGAGCUCCGAUUGAAGCAAGAAUACUUUAUGGUAGCCGCAACAUUGCAGGAUAUUACUCGACGAUAUAAGUCUAGCAAGUUUGGUUCAAGGGAACAUCAUAGAACAGACUUCAGUGCUUUUCCCGAUAAAGUGGCGAUUCAACUAAAUGACACGCAUCCCUCUCUGGCUAUUCCCGAGUUGAUGAGAAUUCUCGUGGACGUGGAGAAACUUCCCUGGGAUGAGGCUUGGGAUAUUACAACACGUACAUGUGCUUACACAAAUCACACCGUUCUUCCUGAAGCGCUGGAACGAUGGCCUACUAGUAUGUUGGAGUGCAUCUUGCCGAGGCACUUGCAAAUUAUUUACCAGAUAAACCAUUUGCACCUUGAAAGGGUUGCGGCUAAGUAUCCUGGUGACUUUGAUCGCCUUCGUCGAAUGUCCCUGAUUGAAGAGGACGGUGAAAAAAGGGUUAACAUGGCGCAUCUAUCGAUUGUUGGUAGCCACGCUAUAAACGGAGUUGCUCGUAUACAUUCGGAAAUCCUCAAAGAUAGCGUUUUCCGAGACUUUUACGAACUGGCACCGGAAGAAUUCCAAAACAAAACGAACGGGAUCACACCGAGAAGAUGGCUGCUACUCUGCAAUCCAAAUCUAUCAGAUAUAAUUGAAGAAAAAAUUGGCAGUGAAUGGACGGUCCACCUGGAGCAGUUGUCACAGCUAAAGAAAUGGGCAAAGGAUCCCGUAUUUCAACGUAACGUUGUUAAGGUUAAACAGGAGAACAAACUACGAUUAGCCCAGAUAUUGGAGAAAGAGUAUGGCGUUGAAGUUAAUCCUGCAUCUAUCUUCGACAUUCAGGUGAAACGCAUACACGAAUACAAGCGACAGUUGUUGAACUGUCUGCACGUCAUCACCCUGUACAAUCGAAUAAAAAGAGACCCGUCUGCGCCAUUUGUCCCCAGAACCGUGAUGAUAGGCGGCAAGGCCGCGCCAGGUUAUCACCUAGCGAAAAAGAUCAUCAAGCUUAUCUGCAGCGUCGCCAAAAUCGUCAACAACGACCCGAUCGUCGGCGACAAGCUCAAGCUGAUCUUCCUUGAGAAUUACCGAGUAACCUUGGCCGAAAAGAUCAUUCCCGCCGCGGACUUGAGCGAACAGAUUUCGACUGCUGGCACCGAGGCAUCUGGCACCGGUAACAUGAAGUUUAUGUUGAACGGUGCGUUGACUAUCGGCACUUUGGAUGGCGCGAACGUAGAAAUGGCUGAGGAAAUGGGCAACGAGAAUAUCUUUAUAUUUGGUAUGACGGUGGAUGAAGUGGAAGCUUUGAAGAAGAAAGGUUACAACGCGUACGAUUACUACAACAAAUUGCCAGAAGCGAAGCAGUGUAUUGAUCAAAUCCAAGGAGGAUUCUUCAGUCCGAAUAAUCCCGAUGAAUUCCGAGACAUUGCGGAUGUGCUGCUCAAGUGGGAUAGAUUCCUGCUUUUGGCCGAUUUCGAGAGUUAUAUAAAGAUGCAGGAACGCGUCAGCCAAGUCUAUCAGGACGAAUGUAAAUGGGUGGAGAUGGCGAUUCACAACAUAGCAUCGUCGGGAAAAUUCUCGUCAGAUCGUACAAUUGCGGAGUAUUCGCGCGAGAUAUGGGACGUAGAGCCGAGCUGGAAGAAACUUCCAGAUCCGCACGAGCCUCGCGACAUUUAAAUACGUUGACGUAAUUACUUUUUCAUAAUAUGUUCCGAUACACGUCCGUUUCCUUCCGCGACUAACUCUGUCCAGUCGUCACAGACAACAACGAACUUUAAGUCAAUAACUGACGCCGUUCAGAUCGGUCGCGCUAAAGUAAUAGAGACUAUAUCGUGUGUGAGGACACGUAAUCUGAUUUCUUAUAUUCUAUUAUAUAUUCUAUGGAUAUAUAUAUAUAUUUUUUUUUUUUUUCAGGAAUACGAAAUUUUUAACGAUGAACACUCGCGCUUGCUUAAAUAUGUCACAUAUCUUUCGAGAGAUUUACUGUUAAUAUUCUUCCAUGUUCAAAUAUACAUACUCGUUACAAUGAC